AUGUUCAAUACCAAAGUUCUCGUGACACUAGGUCUGCUCUUGGCGACUAUAGUCACCGCUCAAGACCAGACAUGCGGAGCAACUGUUUCGUCCAAUGGAGGACGAAAGAUUGCUAUUGUCGUUGACUCGUCAGGUUCCAUGUCAAGCACAGAUCCUCAAGAUCUUAGAAUCACCGCCGGAAAGUCCUUAGCAGCAUCACUCGUUACAACUGGAGGAUCCCCUGAUCAAGUCACCGUUGUUGAUUUCGACAGCUCCGCAGCAAUCAUUUACCCUCUUGGUAGCCCUUCUGGGGCUGGACCUUCGUUCGAUACUAUUGACUCCUCAGGUGGAACCUCAAUAUAUAGUGGUAUAAAGCUCGCUCUCGAUGAGCUCACAAAAGGCAACGCACCAACUGCUGGUGUAGCUGGUAUCGUCGUCUUGACAGAUGGAGAAGACUCUUCAGUCACUCUUCUCGUUGCCGAAUUAGUUCGAGCAAAGGGAUUGGGUGUGCGUGUAUCCUUUGGGUUUCUCUCACCAGAUUCCUCUCCGAGUAGUCCCUCCGUGCUCUCGGCUAUUCUCGACACCGGUGGUGUUUUCAGCACUUUCCAAGAUUCUGAAGCACUCAAAACUUUCAUUAGCAGUGUCGUUAGUCACGGUCUCACAUCUUCUGAGAGCUCCGCGUCAGGCUCCGUCUUGCUACCCGGCCUAACAAUUGUUGGAAACGUAUCGUCCACUGCAGCUGCCUCUUACACUUACUCCGCCAUUGCCGGCGAGGCUUUAAAUUUCACCGUCAAAGCAUUGAGCUCUCAAUCACUCUCAGUAAAGCUUGCCGACAAGGGUGCAUCAAAGGACAUCGAUACACAGUCAACUGAUGCGACGGGUUCAGCUGGUAUUCUUUUCACGGCUGCAGGUGCAGCAAAUCUUGAGCUAUCCGUGAGCACAACCAAUGCCACCUCAGGUCUGUUUUCCGUCAGCCUGAGUUCAUCAGUGAAUAGAACAUUCAAUUUGUGCACACAAGACAACACGACUGUCACCAAUGGAACUACAACACCAAAUAUCACCAUCCCAACAGGAACAACUGGACUACCAUCGCCAACAUCAACAUUUAUUCAAACAGCUGGUGCUGUAAUUACAGCUAAGGGAUAUCUUGCUAGGGCUGCUAUUCCAUUAUUGAUAUUAGCCGGGGCUGCUGUUCUGUAA